AUGUGGCGGGACCCUUCCAUAACCCCACCCCCUUCUCCCGCUUUCCAUCACCCCGCCACAUUCUCCCGCUUUCUAUCACCCCGCCCCAUUCUCCGUCCUUCCAUCACCCCGCCCCAUUCUCCCGCUUUCCAUCACCCCGCCCCAUUCUCCCGCUUUCCAUCACCCCGCCCCAUUCUCCCGAUUUCCAUCACCCCGCCCCAUUCUCCCGCUUUCCAUCACCCCGCCCCAUUCUCCCGCUUUCCAUCAUCCCGCCCCAUUCUCCCUCCUUCCAUCACCCCGCCCCAUUCUCCCGCUUUCCAUCACUCCGCCCCAUUCUCCCUCUUUCCAUCACCCCGCCCCACUCUCCCGCCUUCCAUCACCCCGCCCAAUUCUCCCUCUUUCCAUCACCCCGCCCCAUUCUCCCUCUUUCCAUCACCCCGCCCCAUUCUCCCGCUUUCCAUCACCCCGCCCCAUUCUCCCUCUUUCCAUCAUCCCGCCCCAUUCUCCCUCUUUCCAUCACCCCGCCCCAUUCUCCCGCUUUCCAUCACCCCGCGCCAUUUUCCCUCUUUCCAUCACCCCGCCCCAUUCUCCCGCUUUCCAUCACCCCGCCCCAUUCUCCCGCUUUCCAUCAUCCCGCCCCAUUCUCCCUCCUUCCAUCACCCCGCCCCAUUCUCCCGCUUUCCAUCACUCCGCCCCAUUCUCCCUCUUUCCAUCACCCCGCCCCACUCUCCCGCCUUCCAUCACCCCGCCCAAUUCUCCCUCUUUCCAUCACCCCGCCCCAUUCUCCCUCUUUCCAUCACCCCGCCCCAUUCUCCCGCUUUCCAUCACCCCGCCCCAUUCUCCCUCUUUCCAUCAUCCCGCCCCAUUCUCCCUCUUUCCAUCACCCCGCCCCAUUCUCCCGCUUUCCAUCACCCCGCGCCAUUUUCCCUCUUUCCAUCACCCCGCCCCAUUCUCCCGCUUUCCAUCACCCCGCCCCAUUCUCUCGCUUUCCAUCAUCCCGCUCCAUUGUCCCGCUUUCCAUCACCCCGCCCAAUUCUCCCUCUUUCCAUCACCCCUCCCCAUUCUCCCUUUUUCCAUCACCCCGCCCCAUUCUCCCGCUUUCCAUCACCCCGCGCCAUUUUCCCUCUUUCCAUCACCCCGCCCAAUUCUCCCGCUUUCCAUCACCCCGCCCCAUUCUCUCGCUUUCCAUCAUCCCGCUCCAUUGUCCCGCUUUCCAUCACCCCGCCCAAUUCUCCCUCUUUCCAUCACCCCAUCCCAUCCUCCCUUUUUCCAUCACCCCGCCCCAUUCUCCCGCUUUCCAUCACCCCGCCCCAUUCUCCCUCUUUCCAUCACCCCGCCCAACUCUCCUGCCUUCCAUCAACCCGCCCAAUUCUCCCUCUUUCCAUCACCCCGCCCCAUUCUCCCUCUUUCCAUCACCCCACCCCAUUCUCCUUCUUUCCAUCACCCCGCCCCAUUCUCCCUCUUUCCAUCACCCCACCCCAUUCUCCCUCUUUCCAUCAACCCGCCCCAUUCUCCCGCUUUCCAUCACCCCGCGCCAUUUUCCGCCUUUCCAUCACCCCGCCCCAUUCUCCCGCUUUCCAUCACCCCGCCCCAUUCUCACGCUUACCAUCACCCCGCCCAGUUCUCCCGCUUUCCAUCACCCCGCCCCAUUCUCCUGCUUUCCAUCACCCUGCCCCAUUCUCCCUCUUUCCAUCACCCUGCCCCAUUCUCCCUCCUUCCAUCACCCCGCCCAAUUCUCCGCUUCCCAUAACCCCAGCCCCAUCUCCCGCUUUCCAUCACCCCGCCACAUUCUCCCACUUUCCAUCACCCCGCCCCAUUCUCCCUCCUUCCAUCACCCCGCCCCAUUCUCCCUCCUUCCAUCACCCCGCCCCAUUCUCCCGCUUUCCAUCUCCCCGCCCCAUUCUCCCGCUUUCCAUCACCCUGCCCUAUUCUCCCGCUUUGCAACACCCCUCCCCAUUCUCCCGCUUUCCAUCACCCCGCCCCAUUCUCCCGCUUUCCAUCACCACGCCCCAUUGUCCCGCUUUCCAUCACUCUGCCCCAUUCUCCCGCUUUCCAUCACCCCGCCCCAUUCUCCCGCUUUCCAACACCCCGCCCCAUUCUCCCUCCUUCCAUCACCCCGCCCCAUUCUCCCGCUUUCCAUCACCCCGCCCCAUUCUCCCGCUUUCCAUCACCCAGCCCCAUUCUCCCGCUUUCCAUCACCCCGCCCCAUUUUCCCGCUUUCCAUCACCCCGCCCGAUUCUCCCGCUUUCCAUCACCCCGCCCCAUUCUCCCGCUUUCCAUCACCUCGCCCCAUUCUCCCGCUUUCCAUCACCCCGCCCCAUUCUCCCACCUUCCAUCACCCCGCCCCAUUCUCCCGCUUUCCAUCACCCCGCCCCAUUCUCCCUCCUUCCAUCACCCCGCCCAAUUCUCCCUCCUCCCAUCACCCUGCCCCAUCCUCCCGCUUUCCAUCACCCGCCCCAUUCUCCCUCUUUCCAUCACCCCGCCCAAUUCUCCCGCUUUCCAUCACCCCGCCCCAUUCCCCUGCUUUCCAUAACCCCGCCCCAUUCUCCCGCUUUCCAUCACCCCGCCCCGUUCUCACGCUUUCCAUCACCCCGCCCAAUUCUCCCGCUUUCCAUCACCCCGCCCCAUUCUCCUGCUUUCCAUCACCCCGCCCCAUUCUCCCUCUUUCCAUCACCCCGCCCCAUUCUCCCUCCUUCCAUCACCACGCCCAAUUCUCCGCUUCCCAUAACCCCAGCCCCAUCUCCCGCUUUCCAUCACCCCGCCACAUUCUCCCACUUUCCAUCACCCUGCCCCAUUCUCCCUCCUUCCAUCACCCCGCCCCAUUCUCCCUCCUUCCAUCACCCCGCCCCAUUCUCCCGCUUUCUAUCUCCCCGCCCCAUUCUCCUGCUUUUCAUCACCCCGCCCCAUUCUCCCGCUUUCCAUCACCCCGUCCCAUUCUCCCUCUUUCCAUCACCCCGCUCCAUUCUCCCGCUUUCCAUCACCCCGCCCUAUUCUCCCACUUUCCAUCACCCCGCCCUAUUCUCCCGCUUUCCAUCACCCCGCCCCAUUAUCCCUCCUUCCAUCACCCCGCCCCAUUCUCCCGCUUUCCAUCACCUCGCCCCAUUCUCCCGCUUUCCAUCACCCCGCCCCGUUCUCCCGCUUUCCAUCACCCCGCCCGAUUCUCCCGCUUUCCAUCACCCCGCCCCAUUCUCCCGCUUUCCAUCACCCCGCCCAAUUCUCCCGCUUUCCAUCACCCCGCCCCAUUCCCCUGCUUUCCAUCACCCCGCCCCAUUCUCCCGCUUUCCAUCACCCCGCCCCGUUCUCACGCUUUCCAUCACCCCGCCCAAUUCUCCCGCUUUCCAUCAGCCCGCCCCAUUCUCCUGCUUUCCAUCACCCCGCCCCAUUCUCCCUCUUUCCAUCACCCCGCCCCAUUCUCCCUCCUUCCAUCACCCCGCCCAAUUCUCCGCUUCCCAUAACCCCAGCCCCAUCUCCCGCUUUCCAUCAUCCCGCCACAUUCUCCCACUUUCCAUCACCCCGCCCCAUUCUCCCGCCAUCCAUCACCCCGCCCCAUUCUCCCUCUUUCCAUCACCCCGCCCCAUUCUCUCGCUUUCCAUCACCCCGCCCCUUUUUCCCGAUUUCCAUAACCCCGCCCCAUUCUCCCGCUUUCCAUCACCCCGCCCCAUUCUCCCGCUUUCCAUCACCCCGCCCCAUUCUCCCGCUUUCCAUCACCCCGCUCCAUUCUCCCGCUUUCCAUCACCCCGCCCCAUUCUCCCGCUUUCCAUCACCCCGCCCCAUUCUCCCGCUUUCCAUCACCCCGCCUCAUUCUCCCUUUUUCCAUCACCCCGCCCCAUUCUCCCCCUUUCCGUCACCCUGCCCCAUUUUCACUCUUUCCAUCACCCCGCUCCAUUCUCCCGCUUUCCAUCACCCCGCCCAAUUCUCCCUCUUUCCAUCACCCAUCCCCAUUCUCCCUCUUUCCAUCACCCGGCCCCAUUCUCUCGCUUUCCAUCACCCCGCCCCAUUCUCCCGCUUUCCAUCACCCCGCCCCAUUCUCCCGCUUUCCAUCACCCCGCCCCAUUCUCCCUCUUUCCAUCACCCGGCCCCAUUCUCCCUCUUUCCAUCACCCCGCCCCAUUCUCCCGCUUUCCAUCACCCCACCCCAUUCUCUCACUUUCCAUCAUCCCGUCCCAUUCUCCCUCUUUCCAUCACCCCGCCCCGUUCGCCCGCUUUCCAUCACCCCGCCCCAUUCUUCCUCUUUCCAUCUCCCCGCCCCAUUCUUCCUCUUUCCAUCACCCCGCCCCAUUCUCCCGAUUUCCGUCACCCCGCCCCAUUCUCCCUCUUUCCAUCACCCCGCCCCAUUCUCCCGAUUUCCGUCACCCCGCCCCAUUCUCCCUCUUUCCAUCACCCCGCCCCAUUCUUCCUUUUUCCAUCACCCCGCCCCAUUCUCCCUCUUUCCAUCACCCCGCCCCAUUCUCCAUCUUUCCAUCACCCCGCCCCAUUCUCCCUCUUUCCAUCACCCCGCCCCAUUCUCCCGAUUUCCGUCACCUCGCCCCAUACUCCCUCUUUCGAUCACCCCGCCCCAUUCUCACGAUUUCUGUCAUCCUGCCCCAUUCUCCCUCUUUCCAUCACCCCGCCCCAUUCUCCCUCUUUCCAUCACCCCGACCCAUUCUCCCGCUUUCCAUCACCCCGCCCCAUUCUCCCUCUUUCCAUCACCCCGCCCCAUUCUCCCGCUUUCCAUCACCCCGCCCCAUUCUCCCUCUUUCCAUCACCCGGCCCCAUUCUCCCUCUUUCCAUCACCCCGCCCCAUUCUCCCGCUUUCCAUCACCCCGCCCCAUUCUCCCGCUUUCCAUCACCCCGUCCCAUUCUCCCUCUUUCCAUCACCCCGCCCCAUUCGCCCGCUUUCCAUCACCCCGCCCCAUUCUUCCUCUUUCCAUCUCCCCGCCCCAUUCUCCCUCUUUCCAUCACCCCGCCCCAUUCUCCCGAUGUCCUUCACCCCGCCCCAUUCUCCCUCUUUCCAUCACCCCGCCCCAUUCUCCCGAUUUCCGUCAUCCUGCCCCAUUCUCCCUCUUUCCAUCACCCCGCCUCAUUCUCCCUCUUUCCAUCAUCCCGACCCAUUCUCCCGCUUUCCAUCGCCCCGCCCCAUUCUCCCUCUUUCCAUCACCCCGCCCCAUUCUCCCGCUUUCCAUCACCCCGCCCCAUUCUCCCGCUUUCCAUCACCCCGCCCCAUUCUCCCGCUUUCCAUCACCCCGCCCCAUUCUCCCUCUUUCCAUCACCCCGCCCCAUUCUCCCGCUUUCCAUCACUCCGCCCCAUUCUCCCGCUUUCCAUCACCCCGCCCCAUUCUCCCUCUUUCAAUCACCCCGCCCCAUUCUCCCGAUUUCCGUCACCCUGCCCCAUUCUCCCUCUUUCCAUCACCCCGCCCCAUUCUCCCUCUUUCCAUCACCCCGCCCCAUUCUCCCGCCUUUCAUCACCCCGCCCCAUUCCUCUCGCUUUCCAUUACCCCGCCCAAUUCUCCCGCUUUCCAUCACCCCGCCCCAUUCUCCCGAUUUCCGUCACCCCGCCCCAUUCUCCCUCUUUCCAUCACCCCGCCCCAUUCUUCCUCUGUCCAUCUCCCCGCCCCAUUCUCCCUCUUUCCAUCACCCCCCCCCAUUCUCCCUCUUUCCAUCACCCCGCCCCAUUCUCCCUCUUUCCAUCACCCCGCCCCAUUCUCCCGAUUUCCGUCACCUCGCCCCAUUCUCCCUCUUUCCAUCACCCCGCCCCAUUCUCCCGAUUUCCGUCAUCUUGCCCCAUUCUCCCUCUUUCCAUCACCCCGCCCCAUUCUCCCUCUUUCCAUCACCCCGACCCAUUCUCCCGCUUUCCAUCACCCCGCCCCAUUCUCCCUCUUUCCAUCACCCCGCCCCAUUCUCCCGCUUUCCAUCACCCCCCCCCUUUCUCCCUCUUUCCAUCACCCCGCCCCGUUCUCCCGCUUUCCAUCACCCCGCCCCAUUCUCCCGCUUUCCAUCACCCCGCCCCAUUCUCCCACUUUCCAUCACCCCGCCCCAUUCUCCCGCUUUCCAUCACCCCGCCCCAUUCUCCCUCUUUCCAUCACCCCGCCCCGUUCUCCCGCUUUCCAUCACCCCGCCCCAUUCUCCCGCUUUCCAUCACCCCGCCCCAUUCUCCCGCUUUCCAUCACCCCGCCCCAUUCUCCCGCUUUCCAUCACCCCGCCCAAUUCUCCCUCUUUCCAUCACCCCUCCCCAUUCUCCCUCUUUCCAUCACCAUGCCCCAUUCUCCCGAUUUCCAUCACCCCGCCCCAUUCUCCCUCUUUCCAUCACCCCGCCCCAUUCUCCCUCUUUCCAUCACCCUGCCCCAUUCUCCCGCUUUCUAUCACCCCGCCCCAUUCUCCCUCUUUCCAUCACCCCGCCCCAUUCUCCCGCCUUCCAUCACCCCGCCCCAUUCUCCAUCUUUCCAUCACCCUGCCCAAUUCUCCCCCUUUCCAUCACCCCGCCCCAUUCUCCCGCCUUCCAUCACCCCGCCCCAUUCUCCCUCUUUCCAUCACCCCGCCCCAUUCUCCCGCUUUCCAUCACCCCGCCCCAUUUUCCCGAUUUCCAUCACCCCGCCCCAUUCUCCCGCUUUCCAUCACCCCGCCCCAUUCUCCCGCUUUCCAUCACCCAGCCCCAUCCUCCCUCUUUCCAUCACCCCGCCCCAUUCUCCCGCAUUUCAUCACCCCGCCCCGUUUUCCCUCGUUCCAUCACCCCGCUCCAUUCUCCGGCUUUCCAUCACCCCGCCCAAUUCUCCCUCUUUCCAUCUCCCCUCCCCAUUCUCCCUCUUUCCAACACCCCGCCCCAUUCUCCCGCUUUCCAUCACCCCGCCCCAUUCUCCCUCUUUUAAUCACCCCGCCCCAUUCUCCCUUUUUCCAUCACCCCGCCCCAUUCUCCUGCUUUCCAUCACCCCGCCCCAUUCGCCCUCUUUCCAUCACCCCGCCCCAUUCUCCCGCUUUCCAUCACCCCGCCCCAUUCUCCCUCUUUCCAUCACCCCGCUCCAUUCUCCCACUUUCAAUCAUCCCGCCCAAUUCUCCCUCUUUCCAUCACCCCUCCUCAUUCUUCCUCUUUCCAUCACCCCGCCCCAUUCUCCCGCUUUCCACCACCCCGCCCCAUUCUCCCGCUUUCCAUCACCCUGCCCAAUUCUCCCGCUUUCCAUCACCACGCCCCAUUUUCCCUCUUUCCGUCACCCCGCCCCAUUCUCCCACUUUCCAUCACCCCGCCCCAUUCUCUCGCUUUCGAUCACCCCGCUCCAUUCUCCCGCUUGACAUCGCCCCGCCCAAUUCUCCCUCUUUCUAUCACCCCUCUCCAUUCUCCCUCUUUCCAUCAUCCCGCCCCAUUCUCCCGCCUUUCAUCACCCCGCCCCAUUCUCCCGCUUUCCAUAACCCCGCCCAAUUCUCCCGCUUUCCAUCACCCCGCCCCAUUCUCCCGCCUUCCAUCAACCCGCCCCAUUCUCAAUCUUUCCAUCACCCCGCCCCAUUCUCACGCUUUCCAUCACCCCACCCCAUUCUUCCUCUUUCCAUCACCCUGCCCCAUUCUCCCGCUUUCCAUCACCCCGCCCCAUUCUCCCUCUAUCCAUCACCCCGCCCAAUUCUCCCACUUUCCAUCACCCCAUCCCAUUCUCCCGUUUUCCAUCACCCCGCCCCAUUCUCUCGCUUUCCAUCACCCAGCCUUAUUCUCCCGCUUUCCAUCACCCCGCCCCAUUCUCCGCUUUCCAUCACCCCGCCCCAUUCUCCCGAUUUCCAUCACCCCGCCCCAUUCUCCCGCUUUCCAACACCCAGCCCCAUUCUCCCGCUUUCCAUCACCCCACCCCAUUCUCACUCUUUCCAUCACCCCUUCCCAUGCUCCCUCUUUCCAUCACCCCGCCCCAUUCUCCUGCUUUCUAUCACCCCGCCCCAUUCUCCCUCUUUCCAUCACCCCGCCCCAUUCUCCCGCCUUCCAUCACCCCGCCCCAUUCUCCACCUUUCCAUCACCCUGCCCAAUUCUCCCCCUUUCCAUCACCCCGCCCCAUUCUCCCGCCUUCCUUCACCCCGCCCCAUUUUCCCUCAUUCCAUCACCCCGCUCCAUUCUCCCGCUUUCCAUCACCCCGCCCAAUUCUCCCUCUUUCCAUCACCCCUCCCCAUUCUCCCUCUUUCCAUCACCCCGCCCCAUUCUCCCGCUUUCCAUCACCACGCCCCAUUCUCCCUCUUUCCACCACCCCGCCCCAUUCUCCCUCUUUCCAUCACCCCGCCCCAUUCUUUCGCUUUCCAUCACCCCGCCCCAUUCUCCCUCUUUCCAUCACCCUGCCCCAUUCUCCCGCUUUCCAUCACCCCGCCCCAUUCCCCCUCUUUCCAUCACCCCGCUCCAUUCCCCUGCUUUCCAUCACCCCGCCCAAUUCUCCCUCUUUCCAUCACCCCUCCUCAUUCUCCUUCUUUCCAUCACCCCGCCCCAUUCUCCCGCUUUCCACCACCCCGCUCCAUUCUCCCGCUUUCCAUCACCCCGCCCGAUUCUCCUGCUUUCCAUCACCACGCACCAUUUUCCCUCUUUCCAUCACCCCGCCCCAUUCUCCCGCUUUCCAUCACCCCGCCCCAUUCUCCCGCUUUCCAUCACCCCGCUCCAUUCUCCCGCUUUCCAUCACCCCGCCCAAUUCUCCCUCUUUCUAUCACCCCUCUCCAUUCUCCCUCUUUCCAUCACCCCGCCCCAUUCUCCCGCUUUCCAUCACCCCGCCCCAUUCUCCCUCUUUCCAUCACCCCGCCCCAUUCUCCCUCUUUCCAUCACCCCGCCCCAUUUUCCCGCUUUCCAUCACCCCGCCCCAUUCUCCCUCUUUCUAUCACCCCGCCCCAUUCUCCCGCUUUCCAUCACCCCGCCCCAUUCUCCCGCUUUCCAUCACCCCGCUCCAUUCUCCCGCUUUCCAUCACCCCGCCCAAUUCUCCCUCUUUCCAUCACCCCUCCCCAUUCUCCCUCUUUCCAUCAACCCGCCCCAUUCUCCCGCUUUCCAUCACCCCGCACCAUUCUCCCUCUUUCCAUCACCCCUCCCCAUUCUCCCUCUUUCCAUCACCCCGCCCCAUUCUCCCGCUUUCCAUCACCCGCCCCAUUCUCCCGCUUUCCAUCAUCCCGCCCCAUUCUCCCUCUAUCCAUCACCCCGCCCCAUUCUCCCGCCUUCCAUCACCCCGCCCCAUUCUCCCGCUUUCCAUCACCCCGCCCCAUUCUCCCGCUUUCCAUCACCCCAUCCCAUUCUAUCGAUUUGCAUCACCCCGCCCCAUUCUCCCGCCUUCCAUCACCUCGCCCCAUUCUCCCUCUUUCCAUCACCCCGCCCCAUUCUCCCGCUGUCCAUCACCCCGCCCCAUUCUCCCUCUUUCUAUCACCCCGCCCCAUUCUCCCGCUUUCCAUCACCCCGCCCGCUUUACAUCACCCCGCUCCAUUCUCCCGAUUUCCAUCACCCCGCCCAAUUCUCCCUCUUUCCAUCACCCCUCCCCAUUCUCCCUCUUUCCAUCAAACCGCCCCAUUCUCCCGCUUUCCAUCACCCCGGCCCAUUCUCCCUCUUUCCAUCACCCCGCCCCAUUCUCUCGCUUUCCAUCACCCCGCCCCAUUCUCCCUCUUUCCAUCAACCCGCCCCAUUCUCCCGCUUUCCAUCACCAGCCCCAUUCUCCCGCUUUCCAUCACCCCGCCCCAUUCUCCCUCUUUCCAUCACCCCGCCCCAUUCUCCCGCUUUCCAUCACCCCACCCCAUUCUCCCGAUUUGCAUCACCCCGCCCCAUUCUCCCGCCUUCCAUCACCCCGCCCCAUUCUCCCUCUUUCCAUCACCCCGCCCCAUUCUCCCGCUUUCCAUCACCCCGCCCCAUUCUCCCUCUUUCCAUCACCCCACCCCAUUCUCCCGCUUUCCAUCACACCACCCCAUUCUCCCGCUUUCCAUCACCUCGCCCUAUUUUCUCUCUUUUCAUCACCCCGCCCCAUUCUCCCGCUUUCCAUCACCCCGCCCCAUUCUCCCGCUUUCCAUCACCCCGCUCCAUUCUCCCGCUUUCCAUCAACCCGCUCAAUUCUCCCUCUUUCCAUCACCCCUCCCCAUUCUCCCUCUUUCCAUCACCCCGCCCCAUUCUCCCGCUUUCCAUCACCCCGCGCCAUUCUCCCCCUUUCCAUCACCCCGCCCCACUCUCCCGCUUUCCAUCACCCCACCCCUUUCUCCCGCGUUCCAUCACCCCGCCCCAUUCUCCCGCUUUCCCCCCAUUCUUCUGCUUUCCAUCACCCCGCCCAAUUCUCCCGUUUUCCAUCACCCCGCCCCAUUCUCCCUCUUUCCAUCACCCCGCCCAAUUCUCCCUUUUUCCAUCACCCCUCCCCAUUCUCCCUCUUUCCAUCACCCCGCCACAUUCUCCCGCUUUCCAUCACCGCGCCUCAUUAUCCCUCUUUCCAUCACCCCGCCCCAUUCUCCCGCUUUCCAUCACACCGCCCCAUUCUCCCUCUAUCCAUCACCCCGCCCUGUUCUCCCUCUUUCCAUCACCCCGCCCCGUUCUCCCUCCUUCCAUCACCCCGCCCCAUCCUCCUGCUUUCCAUCACCCCGCCCCAUUCUCCCGCUUUCCAUCACCCUUUCCCAUUCUCCCGCUUUCCAUCUCCCCGCCCCAUUCUCCCGCUUUCCAUCACCCCGCCCCAUUUUCCUGCUUUCCAUCACCCCACCCCAUUCUCCCGCUUUCCAUCAGCCCACCACAUUCUCCCGCUUUCCAUCACCCUGCCCCAUUCUCCCGCUUUCCAUCACCCCGACCCAUUCUCCCUCUUUUCAUCACCCCGCCCCAUUCUCCCUCUUUCCAUCACCCCGCCCUAUUCUCCCUCUUUCCAUCAACCCGCCCCAUUCUCCCGCUUUCCAACACCCCGCCCCAUUCUCCCGCUCCAUCACCCCGCCCCAUUCUCCCACUUUCCAUCAUCCCGCCCCAUUCUCCCGCUUUCCAUCACCCCGCCCCAUUCUCCCGCUUUCCAUCACCCCGCCAUAUUCUCCCACUUUCCAUCACCCCGCCCCAUUCUCCCUCCUUCCAUCACCCGCCCCAUUCUCCCUCCUUCCAUCACCCCACCCCAUUCUCCCUCCUUCCAUCAUCCCGCCCCAUUCUCCUGCUUUCCAUCACCACGCCUCAUUCUCCCACUUUCCAUCACCCCGCCCCAUUCUUCCGCUUUCCAUAACCCCGCCCCAUUCUCCCUCUUUCCAUCAGCCCGCCCCAUUCUCCCUCUUUCCAUCACCCCGCCCCAUUCUCCCGCUUUCCAUCACCCCGCCCCAUUCUCCUUCCUUCCAUCACCCUGCCCCAUUCUCCCGCUUUCCAUCACCCCGCCCCAUUUUCCCGUUUUCCAUCACCCCGCCCCAUUCUCCUGCUUUCCCUCACCCCGCCCCAUUCUCCUGCUUUCCACCACCCCGCCCCAUUCUCCCGCUUUCCAUCAUCCCGCCCCAUUCUCCCGCUUUCCAUCACCCCACCCCAUCCUCCCACCUUCUAUCACCCCGCCCCAUUCUCCCUCCUUCCAUCACCUCGCCCCAUUCUCCCGCUUUCCAUCACUCCGCCCCAUUCUCCUGCUUUCCAUCACCCCGCCCCAUUCUCCCGCUUUCCAUCACCCCGCCCCAUUCCCCCGCUUUCCAUCACCCCGCCCCAUUCUCCCGCUUUCCAUCACCCCACCCCGUUCUCCCGCUUUCCAUCACCCCGCCCCAUUCUCCCGCUUUCCAUCACCCCGCCCAAUUCUCCCUCUUUCCAUCACCCCACCCCAUUCUCCCUCCUUCCAUCACCCCGCCCCAUUCUCCGCUUCCCAUAACCCCAGCCCCAUCUCCCGCUUUCCAUCACCCCGCCACUUUCUCCCACUUCAUCCCGCCCCAUUCUCCCUCCUUCCAUCACCCCGCCCCAUUCUCCCUCCUUCCAUCACCCCGCCCCAUUCUCCCGCUUUCCAUCAGCUCGCCCCAUUCUCCUGCUUUCCAUCAGCCCGCCCCAUUCUCCCGCUUUCCAUCACCCCGCCCCAUUCUCCCGCUUUCCAUCAACCUGCCCCCUUCUCCCGCUUUCCAUCACCCCGCCCCAUUCUUCCGCUUUCCAUCAGCUCGCCCCAUUCUCCUUGCUUCCAUCACCCCGCCCCAAUCUCCCUCCUUCCAUCACCCCGUCCCAUUCUCCCGCUUUCCAUCUCCCCGCCCCAUUCUUCCGCUUCCCAUCAUCCCGCCCCAUUCCCCCGCUUUCCAUCACCCCUCCCCAUUCUCCCUCCUUCCACCACCCCGCCCCAUUCUCCCGCUUUCCAUCACCCCGCCCCAUUCUCCCGCUUUCCAUCACCCCACCCCAUCCUCCCACCUUCUAUCACCCCGCCCCAUUCUCCCUCCUUCCAUCACCCCGCCCCAUUCUCCCGCUUUCAAUCACCCCGCCCCGUUCUCCCGCUUUCCAUCACCCCGCCCCGUUCUCCCGCUUUCCAUCACCCCGCCCCAUUCUCCCGCUUUCGAUCACCCCGCCCAAUUCUCCCGCUUUCCAUCACCCCGCCCCAUUCCCCUGCUUUCCAUCACCCCGCCCCAUUCUCCCGCUUUCCAUCACCCCGCCCCGUUCUCACGCUUUCCAUCACCCCGCCCCAUUCUCCUGCUUUCCAUCACCCUGCCCCAUUCUCCCUCUUUCCAUCACCCCGCCCCAUUCUCCCUCCUUCCAUCACCCCGCCCAAUUCUCCGCUUCCCAUAACCCCAGCCCCAUCUCCCGCUUUCCAUCACCCCGCCACAUUCUCCCACUUUCCAUCACCCCGCCCCAUUCUCCCUCCUUCCAUCACCCCGCCCCAUUCUCCCUCCUUCCAUCACCCCGCCCCAUUCUCCCGCUUUCCAUCUCCCCGCCCCAUUCUCCCGCUUUCCAUCACCCUGCCCCAUUCUCCCUCCUUCCAUCACCCUGGCUCAUUCUCCCUCCUUCCAUCACCCCGCCCCAUUCUCCCGCUUUCCAUCACCCCGCCCCAUUCUCCCGCUUUCCAUCACCCAGCCCCAUUCUCCCGCUUUCCAUCACCCCGCCCCAUUCUUCCGCUUCCCAUCAUCCCGCCCCAUUCCCCCGCUUUCCAUCACCCCUCCCCAUUCUCCCUCCUUCCAUCACCCCGCCCCAUUCUCCCGCUUUCCAUCACCCGCCCCAUUCUCCUGCUUUCCAUCACCUCGCCCCAUUCUCCCGCUUUCCAUCACCCCGCCCCAUUCUUCUGCUUUCCAUCACCUCGCCCCAUUCUCCCGCUUUCCAUCACCCCGCACCAUUCACCCGCUUUCCAUCACCCGCCCCAUCUCCCGCUUUCCAUCACCCCGCCCCAUUCUCCCGCUCUCCAUCACCCGGCCCCAUUCUCCCGCUUUUCAUCACCCCGCCCCAUUCUCCCGCUUUCCAACACCCCUCCCCAUUCUCCCGCUUUCCAUCACCCCGCCCCAUUCUCCCGCUUUCCAUCACCCCGCCCCAUUGUCCCGCUUUCCAUCACUCUGCCCCAUUCUCCCGCUUUCCAUCACCCCGCCCCAUUCUCCCGCUUUCCAUCACCCCGCCCCAUUCUCCCUCCUUCCAUCACCCUGGCUCAUUCUCCCUCCUUCCAUCACCCCGCCCCAUUCUCCCGCUUUCCAUCACCCCGCCCCAUUCUCCCGCUUUCCAUCACCCAGCCCCAUUCUCCCGCUUUCCAUCACCCCGCCCCAUUUUCCCGCUUUCCAUCACCCCGCCCGAUUCUCCCGCUUUCCAUCACCACGCCCCAUUCUCCCGCUUUCCAUCACCCCGCCCCAUUCUCCCGCUUUCCAUCACCCCGCCCCAUUCUCCCUCCUUCCAUCACCCCGCCCCAUUCUCCCGCUUUCCAUCACCCCGCCCCAUUCUCCCUCCUUCCAUCACCCCGCCCAGUUCUCCCUCCUCCCAUCACCCUGCCCCAUUCUCCCGCUUCCCAUAACCCCACCCCAUUCUCCCGCUUUCCAUCACCCCGCCACAUUCUCCCACUUUCCACCACUCCGCCCCCUUCUCUCUCCUUCCAUCACCCUGCCCCAUUCUCCCGCUUUCCACCACCCCGCCCCAUUCUCCCGCUUUCCAUCACCCCGCCCCAUUCUCCCGCUUUCCAUCACCCCACCCCAUCCUCCCACCUUCUAUCACCCCGCCCCAUUCUCCCUCCUUCCAUCACCCCGCCCCAUUCUUCCGCUUUUCAUCACCUCGCCCCAUUCUCCCGCUUUCCAUCACCCCGCCCCGUUCUCCCGCUUUCCAUCACCCCGCCCAAUUCUCCCGCUUUCCAUCACCCCGCACCAUUCUCCCGCUUUCCAUCACCCCGCCCAAUUCUCCCGCUUUCCAUCACCCCGCCCCAUUCCCCUGCUUUCCAUCACCCCGCCCCAUUCUCCCGCUUUCCAUCACCCCGCCCCGUUCUCACGCUUUCCAUUACCCCGCCCAAUUCUCCUGCUUUCCAUCACCCCGCCCCAUUCUCCUGCUUUCCAUCACCCGGCCCCAUUCUCCCUCUUUCCAUCACCCCGCCCCAUUCUCCCUCCUUCCAUCACCCCGCCCAAUUCUCCGCUUCCCAUAAACCCAGCCCCAUCUCCCGCUUUCCAUCACCCCGCCACAAUCUCCCACUUUCCAUCACCCCGCCCCAUUCUCCCUCCUUCCAUCACCCCGCCCCAUUCUUCCUCCUUCCAUCACCCCGCCCCAUUCUCCUGCUUUCCAUCUCCCCGCCCUAUUCUCCCGCUUUUCAUCACCCCGCCCCAUUCUCCCGCUUUCCAUCACCCCGUCCCAUUCUCCCUCUUUCCAUCACCCCGCUCCAUUCCCCGCUUUUCAUCACCCCGCCCUAUUCUCCCGCUUUCCAACACCCCGCCCUAUUCUCCCGCUUUCCAUCACCCCGCCCCAUUCUCCCUCCUUCCAUCACCCCGCCCCAUUCUCCCGCUUUCCAUCACCUCGCCCCAUUCUCCCGCUUUCCAUCACCCCGCCCCGUUCUCCCGCUUUCCAUCACCCCGCCCAAUUCUCCCGCUUUCCAUCACCCCGCCCCAUUCUCCCGCUUUCCAUCACCCCACCCAAUUCUCCCGCUUUCCAUCACCCCGCCCCAUUCCCCUGCUUUCCAUCACCCCGCCCCAUUCUCCCGCUUUCCAUCAACCCGCCCUGUUCUCACGCUUUCCAUCACCCCGCCCAAUUCUCCCGCUUUCCAUCAGCCCGCCCCAUUCUCCUGCUUUCCAUCACCCCGCCCCAUUCUCCCUCUUUCCAUCACCCCGCCCCAUUCUCCCUCCUUCCAUCACCCCGCCCAAUUCUCCGCUUCCCAUAACCCCAGCCCCAUCUCCCGCUUUCCAUCACCCCGCCACAUUCUCCCACUUUCCAUCACCCCGCCCCAUUCUCCCUCCUUCCAUCACCCCGCCCCAUUCUCCCUCCUUCCAUCACCCCGCCCCAUUCUCCCGCUUUCCAUCACCCCACACCAUUCACCCGCUUUCCAUCACCCGCCCCAUCUCCCGCUUUCCAUCACCCCGCCCCAUUCUCCCGCUCUCCAUCAACCCGCCCCAUUCUCCCGCUUUUCAUCACCCCGCCCCAUUCUCCCGCUUUCCAACACCCCUCCCCAUUCUCCCGCUUUCGAUCACCCCGCCCCAUUCUCCCGCUUUCCAUCACCCCGCCCCAUUGUCCCGCUUUCCAUCACUCCGCCCCAUUCUCCCGCUUUCCAUCACCCCGCCCCAUUCUCCCGCUUUCCAUCACCCCGGCCCAUUCUCCCUCCUUCCAUCACCCUGCCUCAUUCUCCCUCCUUCCAUCACCCCGCCCCAUGCUCCCGCUUUCCAUCACCCCGCCUCAUUCUCCCGCUUUCCAUCACCCAGCCCCAUUCUCCCGCUUUCCAUCACUCCGCCCCAUUCUCCUGCUUUCCAUCACCCCGCCCCAUUCUCCCGCUUUCCAUCACCCUGCCCCAUUCCCCCGCUUUCCAUCACCCCGCCCCAUUCUCCCGCUUUCCAUCACCCCACCCC